AUGCGGAUGAGUUGUAAUGGAUGUAGAGUUUUACGCAAAGGUUGUAGCGAAAAUUGCAGUAUUAGACCUUGUUUACAAUGGAUCAAGAGUCCUGAAUCUCAAGCCAACGCCACUGUUUUUCUUGCCAAGUUUUAUGGCCGUGCUGGGCUUAUGAACCUCAUCAACGCUGGCCCUGAACAUCUCCGUCCUGCAAUUUUUAGGUCUUUGCUUUACGAGGCGUGUGGGAGGAUAGUGAACCCAAUUUACGGAUCAGUUGGGUUGAUGUGGUCGGGAAGCUGGCAGCUUUGUCAAGCCGCAGUCGAAGCUGUCCUAAAAGGAGCGCCCAUAACUCCAAUUAACUCUGAAAUCGCAGCUAAUGGUCACGGACCGCCGCUGAAAGCUUAUGAUAUACGACACGUUUCAAAAGAUGAGAACUCAGCUGCGUCAAAUGAUGCUAACCGAGUCAGGACUCGGUGUCGAGUCAGGCGAGCUGUGAAGCCAAAAGCUAGCAAGCCGAAUUGUGGUGGUAAUGGGCUGGGGUCAAUCGUUGCUGACACGUUGGGGGCAAGAGAUGAGUUGACUCGUUCUACGAGUCACGAGUCCUCGGUGAGUCACCAAUCCGAGUUGGCAAUGGUGGACGGGGAAAGCAAAGAGACUGAUGAGAGCAUGGUGUCUGUGGAAACGGCUGAAGCUUCAUUACUGUUCAUAGCCGAGCCGGAGUCGAAGAGCGAUUUGGCUGCCCAUGACGCUGCCAGCAACGAAAUUGCUGGGCUUGGGCUGGACUUGACUCUGGGCCUUGAGCCCGUGUCACGUGCGCAUCACGUGGUUCCUGUGAAGAAAAGAAGAAUUGAAGCUCUCGGAUCUUGUGAUGUUGACACGUGUAAGAUGGAGCUGGGACUUGACUAUCCAGCUUGA